AUGCCGUUGUAUGAGCUGUUCUGCAUGGCAAGGCCGGCCCUCGCACGCACCGAAGCCAGCCAACUGAUGCGCAAUGCGGCCUCGGCGGUGCUCAGCAAGGGUGGCCUCCUGACAGACAUCAAAUCCUAUGGCCAGCGGGAGCUGGCCUACGAGAUCCGCCGCCCCGGCAUGAAGAUAAAUGAGGCCUUCAUGUGGCAGCUCGACUUUGCAGCAGCGCCGCCUGUGCUGAAGGAUCUGGAGCAUCUGCUCAAGGUGGACGAUCGAGUUGUCCGAUAUGUCAUCCUGCGCCGC